AUGAUAGAACUAGGUGGAGAUGUUUCAUUGCUUGGACCAGUCAGGACUUUUCUCUUCUCUCCAAGUACAAAAUGUGGUGGAUUUGGUGGAGACGUUUCAUUAUUUGGACCGGUUGGGACUAUUCUCUUCGCUUCGAUAUCUGCUGUGAAAAGUGAUGGACUAGAUGAAGAUGUUUCAUUACUUGGACCAGUUGGAACUUUUCUCUUCGCUUCAAUAUCCGCUAUGAAAAAGGAUGAACUAGGUGGAGAUGUUUUAUUGUCCGGACCGCUUGGAACUGUUCUCUUCACUUCAAUAUAUGCGAUGAAAAAUGAUGGACUAGAUGGAGAUGUUUUGUUCCUUGGACCAGUUGGGACUUUUUUCUUCGCUUCAAUAUCUGCUAUGAAAAAAGAUGAACUAGCUGGAGAUGUUUUAUUGUCCGGACCGCUUGAAACUGUUCUCUUCACUUCAAUAUCUGCAAUGAAAAAUGAUGGACUAGAUGGAGAUGUUUUAUUGCUUGGACCAGUUGGAACUUUUCUCUUUGCUUUAAUAUCCGCUAUGAAAAAGGAUGAACUAGGUGGAGAUGUUUUAUUGUCCGGACCGCUUGGAACUGUUCUCUUCUCUUCAAUCUUCGCUACAGAAAGUGGUGGAGAUGUUUCGCUGCUUUGA